ACAAAUUUUUUGUUUUGUUUUGUUUUCAUGUCACUUUAAUUUUCAUUGUUUCUCUUGUAUCUUAAUUAAUAAUUAAUUUACUUUCUAUUGUAAUUAUUCUUUGGCCUUUCUAUUUUAAUUGUGAUCUAUUCUGAAAUGAGCUCAUCAAGCUCAACAGGUAUUUCUGCUGAAGAUAAACUAACAGCUAUUGAACAAUUUUGUACUUUUACUGGCGCUGCUGAAAAUCGCGCUAAGGUCACUUUAGAAGCAUGUAAUUGGAACAUCGAACUAGCGGUUAAUAUGCAUGUUGAUGGUAUUGACACUGGUGAACCUGUUGACGUAAUACCAACCUUAGAGUCAUCCACAUCUUCAUCACAAUUGCCCAUCAACCAUGAUAAUAACAUCGGUGGCAGUGAUACUACCAAUUCUACUGGUACUACCACUAUAACCACUUCAACGACAACAUCUUCUACUUCAAGUAGUACAUUAAAUAACGAUUGGGAUAGGCGUUUAGUUAAUAGAAUAAUUGAUUCCUCAAUUGGAAGACCAUCUUCAUCAACAUUAUCAACAUCAACAACAAAUGCCAUUGGAUCCAGUAGUGGUCUAUCCACUCCGUCUACAUCCUUAUUAAAUGAUGAAGAUUCUGUCCGUCCACCAAUUCCCCCAGUUAGACAAGUUCUUGUUGAAGACGGAUUUCAUAAUCACAGACCCCGUAAUCAUACCCACUCAGUGUUUGAUGGAUUUCGUAAUUUACGAGCUGAAACAAGAUGGUUAGAAGAAGGAGAAAGUGCAACUUCUAGCGCCAAUCUGAAUAAAAGACGCACACUAGAGGAACUUUUUCGCCCUCCUUUGGAUCUCAUGUUCAGAGGUCCCAUGGAUCAGGCCAGAGAUUUUGCUUCAUCUUCAAAUAAAUGGUUAAUGGUCAAUCUACAAAAUGUCCAAGAAUUUGCUUGUCAAGUCCUUAACCGCGACCUUUGGUCAAACCCUGCAGUUAAAGAAAUUAUAUCAGAACACUUCAUAUUCUGGCAAAUUUACCAUGAUAGUUACGAAGGAUCAAAAUACAUGCAAUUUUAUAGUGUCACGCAAUUUCCUUAUAUAGCUAUACUGGAUCCUAGAACAGGUGAAAAAAUGAGGUCAUGGUCAAAUACGAUUGACGCUGUUUCCUUUUGCGAAGUAGUUACAGAAUUUCUUAUGGAGCAUCCAUCGCCCAAUGGCCCUAAUGCCCCAGUAGAACGUCUACCUUCACUCCCUAUUAGUAGAAGGGUAAUUAAUCCAAAUCCUUAUGAGGAAACUGAAGAAAUGCAGCUUCGAGCUGCUAUAGCUGCUUCGUUGGAGGAAAAUCGUAAAAUGGAUACAAGUAACGUUAAAACUGAAGACUCAUCUGAUGAAAGUGAACUGGAAACCUUUGAUUCGGAUACGGAAACUGGAUUCCCAAGUAAAAUUCCGAAGGAACCAAAGAAAGAACCUUUAAUUAGCGAUGUUAAAGUAGAGAAACCUCCAAGUCCAGAAUCAUGGGAAAAAUAUUUAGUUCCUGAAAGUCCUACUACAGCUGAUAUAACUAUCCGAUUCCCUGAUGGUAAACGAGAACGUAAAGCUUUUCCAUCUCAAUCUCCAUUAAAAAUAUUAUUUCUUUACAUUUCUUCUAAAGGAUACAGCAUGAAUGAUUACGAUCUGGUGAUUCAUUUUCCAAAGAAAAAUCUGAGCGAAUUCUCUGAUACUGAUACUUUAUCUUCAGCGGGUUUGUGCCCUGGAAACAACGUAUUUGUCCAUAUGAAAUCUAAAAUGAGCUCAUCAGGUAUUUCUGGUGAAGAUAAACAAGCAGCUAUUGAACAAUUUUGUACAUUUACUGGUACAGAUGAAAAUUUUGCUAGGGUCACUUUAGAAGCGUGUAAUUGGGACAUCGAACUAGCGGUUAAUAUGCACGUAGAUGGUAUUGACUCUAGUGAUCCAGUUGAUGUAAUACAAACUCACGAAUCAUCAACACCUUCAUCACAAUUACCUUCUAACAAUGAGAGUACCAUUGAUGAAAAUGUUCCAACCAAGUCCACUUCGGCUACUUCAACUAGUAGUGUUACUAAUCCGAAUAAUAGUUUAAUUGAUCCUUCCAUCUCAUCUAUUUAUGCAUCUUCUUCCUCUCCAUCUCCAUCCACAUCUACAACAACAUCAACAAACGCCAUUGAAUCUACCAGUGGUCUAUCCACUCCAUCUACAUCUCUAUUAAAUGAAGAUGAUUCUUUCCGCCCUUCCAUCCCUACUCCUAGAAACGCACCAACUUUAAAUGAUCUUGGUGACAGUCAGUCUAAAAAUAAUAAUAUGCAAAUUAUGUUCGAGAGUUUACAACAAUUACGAACAGUAUCAAAAUAUCUUGACACAGGUAAAAGUGCAACAUCAAGUGGAAACAAUACCAAUAACAAAAGAAGAUCACUAGAGGAACUAUUUCGACCUCCAUUGGAUCUUAUGCUUAGAGCGUCAAAAGAUCAGCCUCCAGAUUCAUUUGAAGAUGCUGAAACUCCAGGAAGCAAAAGAACAGUCCAAUCAGCGUCCACAUCAUCUGAAAGUGAUACCUCAACCAUUUCAGCUUCACCGCCUCGAUUUAUGGCCUUAGAAGAGAUAAUGAAAGCGGCCAAUGAAGUUUGCAAUAUGUGUCUUGCCCAUGAGAUUGUUAUGGACGAUGAAUUUAAAUUGGAAAAAAAUGAAAUUCCACCAAAUUCAUUUCACAAAAAGGUUGACGAUAUGAUGAGAAAAGUAUUUUGGAAAUUAUUACAAAAUGAACUGGACGAAUCGCCUCCCAAUUAUAAAAGAGCCUUAAUGUUAUUAAGUGAAAUCAAAGAGAAUCUAAUGUCCUUCCUAUUACCCCAACAUACUCGAUUGAAACAAGAAAUUGAGGAGAUUCUUGACCUCGAUCUAAUCAAACAACAAGCCGAAAAUGGUGCUCUAGAUUUCCAGCGAUAUGCUCAUUAUAUACUUUCGGUUAUGGCUCGACUAUGUGCACCCAUUAGAGAUGAGAAAAUCCGUCAAUUAACACAGACAAGAGAAGUCGUUCCGAUAUUCAGAGGAAUCAUGGAAUUACUUGACGAGAUGAGAUUAGAUAUGGCCAACUUUUUGGUUCAACAGAUUCGACCACAAGUCUUACAACAAUCAGUCACUUAUGAGAGGAAAAAGUUCACCGAGUUCCUGAAGCGUAAUUCAAUUAUAAAUAAUAAUAAAACGGAUCCUUUAGAGUUCACCAAGAAAUGGUUAAAACGCGCUUACGAUGAACACAAUUUCUCUGGAGAAAGUAUUAAGGAGAUAAUUAACAAAGUUCUAACCUCUGCUUAUGUUCAAUUAUUGAUUUGGGAUGGAAAAAUGCAAGAAAUGUUCCCAGAAACUCUUGUUCUUGAUGAGAAAAGAAUCAUUUCUCUUCGAGAUUUUCUAACCCUUAAUAUCUUUGUUGGAAGUGCUCUUUUGGUUACCGUUGCUGCUUUUCCAUGUGUUCAAAGUUUAUCUGAUUUAAAGGAAAAUAUUCGAGAUCAUUUAUUAAUUGUUUUAGAUGAAAAAGAAGACACCAGGAAAACAUUUACCUCAUCUUUAUCAUCUUCAUCAUCAACCUCUUCCACCACUAUAACAACGACACCCACCACCACCACCGCCGCCAACACUUCGACCUCAUCUUUAAUCACUAAUUUAGAAAGCCGCCUGGAAAGUGCGGCUCUUCAAAUAAUCGCUGAUAUUAAAAAACACGCUGAGAACCAUGUAUUCCCCGAUAUCGAUUCAACCAAAGAAUUGGCCUUGAAAGCACAAAUCGUUGACCUGAAGAAUGAGAAUAAUCGUAUCCGUCAGAUUGUCCAGAAACGGAUCCUUGAAUUUGUCGAAUCGGUUUUCACCUCGAACACAGCUUCACCCGUUCAAAUGCCAAAAGGAUUGACCGCUCUUCAACGUAGUCUAUCAUCCAUCGCGGGCCAAUUUAUGCGAAUUGCAUCACACAAUCGUGCCGUAUAUGGAACCUAUUAUGCGAAUAUAAUUAACGAUCUGGUUAAUGGAAAACUUUAAAAGGAUUAUUUAAAUUGAUCACAAUUUGUAAAUGGUUAAUUUAAAACUAAUCUCCAUUUAUGGAGAUAGCAAGAGUUUAACAAAUCAAAGUAAAUCAAGAAAUUUACUCAUGUUGAACAUGAAAUUUAUAUUAACUCUCACAAUCAACAAAAUUGGAAAAUGUUGAAAAGAAAGAUGAAAACUAAUCAGAAUUAAUCAGAAAAAAAAUGAACUGAUUCUCUAAAAUUGCUGAUUAUUGACACGUUGGUUACUUUGCAUAGUGAUGAUAAUAGAAUCACGAAUAAGAUAAUCAAAUUGAAAACUCAUUCAUGCUGAUUAUUAAUAAUAGAUAAAUCAUCUGAAUUUAAUAAUUAUAA